CGUCAGGCGCUGGGGCGGUGGGCAGGUCUCCAGGGAAACCCGACGCUCUGGGGCUCCGGGCGCUGCGCCGAGCGGGACGAGACUUGCGAGUGGGGCUGCGCUGCGCUGGCCGCCGCCCUGGGCGGACCGGGUGCAGUAGGUGUGAGCUCUCCGACCCUCGGUGCGGCCCGCGGCAGGGGCGCAGUCGGGAUCCCGGCGGGAGCGCGGUUCGAAGGCCAGAGGCAUGGAAAGUGGGUGUCCCUCAGCCUUGUAUUAUAAAGUCCCAGAUGAUGACAUCUCUGAAAAUCAGCUGGCAGGGAGGGGCGGCCAGCCUGCUGCCACCGACUUCCUGGGGACCCUAGAGAUGCUCUCUACCAAAAGGGACAUCCUAGAGGCCCCGGAGGAGGAAGAGGAGUCCGAGGGUCCCCCCAGGAAGCAGGACCUGAAGGAGGCCUACAUCCAGCUGGUCCGAGGCGUGCAGGAGUGGCGGGACGGCUGUGUGUACCAAGGGGACUUCGGGCUGGACAUGAAGCUGGGAUACGGUGAAUUCUCUUGGCCCACGGGCGAGUCGUACCGCGGGCAGUUUUACCGGGACCACCGCCACGGGCUGGGCACCUACCAGUGGCCCGACGGCUCCAGCUUCACUGGCAUGUUUUACCUCAGCUACCGAGAGGGCUACGGCACCAUGUACCUGAAGACCAGGCUCUUCCAGGGGCUGUACAAAGCGGACCAACGGUUUGGGCCGGGCGUGGAGACCUACCCGGACGGCAGGCAGGACGUCGGGCUGUGGGUCCGGGAGCACCUCAUCAAGCUGUGCACGGAGGUUCCCUGCAGCUUCUCCAUCCACAACUACCCCGAGUACUCGGGCUUCCUCACUCACUCUCCUGCUAGACUCAGCCUCUCGGAUGAGGAGAAGGUGGACCGGGACCAGCCGGAGGGACAGGACCCCUUUUUCUACGACUAUAAGCGGUUUCUUCUGAACGAUGACCUGACUCUGCCUCCAGAAAUGCACAUUUACUCGACCGACAACAGCCACCUGCCCAUGACCUGCUCUUUCCGCAAAGAAUUAGAUGCCCAAAUCUUCCUUAAUGACAUUCCUCCAUUUGCUGAGGAUGAAGAGCCCUGGUUUAUAAAAAAUGAGACCCCUCUGAUGGUCAAAAUCCAGAAGCAAACCUACAAAUACAGGAACAAGAAGGCCCACACCAGCUGGAACAUGGGUGCCAUCUUGGAGGGGAACCGGAGCGGCUUUGCGCACCAUGGGCCCAAGGAGCAGCUUUCCAAGGAGAUGAUCCUGCGGGCCGAGGAAGGGGACUACGAUUGGGUCUACAGGAUCCUCAGGGAUGACCUUGCCAGCGCCGACGUGGCCGAUGCCAAGGGCUACACUGUGCUCGCUGCAGCCACCGUUCACUGUCACACUGACAUUGUCAACCUUCUGCUGGACAGCGGGGCCGACGUGAACAAGUACACGGACGAGGGCCUCACGCCGCUCAGCAUGUGCUUCCUCCUCUACUACCCGUCCACGUCCUUUAAGCCCAACAUCGCUGAGAGGAUGGCGCCCAAGUCCCAUGUCAGCCCCGUGGCCCUGCGGCUUCCAGCACCGUGCCCCGUCUACCAUCCGCCUGUCCGUCUCUCCACCCAGCAGUGCACCUCCCCCCGCCUUGCACAGGAAGCUCCCAAUAUGCCAGUAAAUCCCAACCUUGCCUUCUCAUUCCCUGAAAUGGCCAUGGAGUCCAUCUGUUUCAAGGACCUGGCGCCCACCCCAGGCAGCCAGGAGCAGAAGUCCACCGUGUGGGGCAGCGAGGAGGACUGUCUCUCCCCGGGUGCCCGGCUGUCCCAGGAGUCCCCCGACCUGGGGAGCAGCCCUCGGAAGCAGGACUUGUCACCGUGGGACAGUUCCAGUGACUUGGAGAAGGGGCCGGAUGGCACGGAGGGGAGUCCGGACAGGUGCGCGCCGGGCAGCCAGGAGACGGACGUCGAGUCCGCCGUCUGUGUGCGCAACUUCUCCUUCGGGCUGUCCCGGGACCUCCUGGAGAGGAGCGCCCAGGCCCGCCGCAUGCUGACGGCCCCCUGCUUCAGUGCCACCGGCUUCGACAAGGGCACCACGAGGAAGAUGGCGCUGGCCGUGGCGGAACGCAGAACCAGGUGGCUGACCAUCGAGCUGCUGUUGCACCGAGGCGCGGACCCCAACCUGUGCCGCGUGCCCAUGCAGGCCCUUUUUUUUGCCGUGAAGGCUGGGGACGUGGCCGGGGUGAGGCUGCUGCUGGAGAACGGGGCCAGGACCGACAUCCAGCUCCCGGCUGAGCUGGGGGCCCUGACCCCCCUGCACAUCGCAGCCGCCCUUCCCGGGGAGGAGGGCGUCAGGAUAACGGAGCUGCUCCUGCACACUGUCACCGACGUGGACGCCAGGGUGGCCGACGAGGAUGACGUGUACAAGCCGAGCAAGCUAGACCUGUUGCCUUCAAGCCUGAAGCUCAACAAUGAAGCGGGCCCGGCCGGCAUCUACCACAGCAGGCCUACGUGUGUGCCGGAUGAGGGGGGCAGGACGGCCCUGCACGUGGCCUGUGAGCGUGAGGACAGCUACAAGUGUGCCAGGGACAUAGUCCGGCUCCUCCUCUCCCACAGAGCGAACCCCAACGUGCUGUGGAGCGGCCACUCCCCGCUCUCCUUGUCCAUCGCCAGUGGCAACGACCUGAUCGUGAAGGAGCUUCUGUCCCAUGGAGCUGACCCCAACCUGCUGCUGACCAGAGGCUUGGGCAACGCCUUGUGUGUCGCCUGUGACCUCACCUAUGAGCACCAGAGGAGCAUGGACAGCAAGCUGGCCCUGAUUGACCGGCUCAUUGAUCAUGGGGCUGACAUCCUGAACCCUGUGACGCUCACACAGGGGGACAAGGUGGCUGUGGGCACGGCUGUCGAUUACGGGUACUUCAGAUUCUACCAGGACCGGAAGAUCGCCCACUCUCCUUUCUACGCGCUGACGCCGGUGGACCGGGAGGUCCUCCUGGCCCGGAAGCAGAUCCUGGAACACAUGGGCUUCCAGCUACGCCGCGCUGUCUUCGCCAAGGAGAGCCAGUGGGACCCGAAGGUGCUGUACCUGAGCAAAAGAGCUGAGCUGACCCCCUACCGCAGACUGAAGCAGAAAAGCACCGGCCUGUCCAGGGAGCUCCCCUUGGAGGAGCAGGAGCCGAUCCCCUUCUUCAAGUUCUGCUACCAGUGCGGCCGCUCUGUCGGGGUGCGCCUCGUGCCCUGCACCCGCUGCUACGGGAUCCUGACCUGUGGCAAGUACUGUAAGACCAGGGCCUGGGGUGACUUCCACAAGAGGGACUGUGGCAGCCUGUUGGCCAUCGGUGAAGGAAGGCUGGUGUCACCUGGACGGGAGCAGAGCGUGUGCCCCGUGUGUCCCCUGCAGAGCCCCACUCUGGCCUGCCCGGGCCGCCACGAGGGGCUAUGCAGCAGCUGGCCGCUCCUGCCAGCAGUGGGGGUGGGGGUUGGUCCGGCUGCCGGUGGCUUCCUGGAUUCCCCAGAGAAAUGAAUUGGGACCAAGAGCCAGGGAGGGGCCUCUCCUCGACCAUCACCUGGCCGGCUGUGGGCGGGGUGGACCCUCCCCACCUGCCCCCCCGCCGUCAGCUGUCCUGUGCUGACGUCCACCUCACUUGGGUCCUCUCU